UGUGCCUGUUUGCUCGCUGCUCUUCGCCUGAUAAAGCACGACAGAGCUUCCAGAGGGACAGGAAGGAUGGACGGUACGGCUGCCCCUAUCACCAAAUCUGCAGCUGCCAAGUUAGUCAAGAGAAACUUCCUUGAGGCUCUAAAGUCAAAUGACUUCGGAAAAUUGAAGGCCAUUUUAAUCCAAAGACAGAUAGAUGUGGACACAGUUUUUGAAGUUGAAGAUGAGAAUAUGGUUUUGGCAUCUUAUAAACAAGGCUAUUGGUUGCCUAGUUACAAAUUAAAGUCUUCCUGGGCCACGGGCCUGCAUCUCUCUGUCUUGUUUGGUCACGUGGAAUGUCUUCUGGUGCUCCUGGACCACAAUGCUACAAUCAACUGUAGACCCAAUGGGAAAACCCCUCUUCACGUGGCUUGUGAAAUGGCCAACUUGGAUUGUGUUAAGAUCCUCUGUGAUCGUGGAGCAAAGCUCAACUGCUACUCCUUAAGUGGACACACAGCUUUACACUUUUGUACAACUCCAAGCUCCAUCCUCUGUGCCAAGCAGCUGGUUUGGAGAGGGGCGAACGUGAACAUGAAGACCAACAACCAGGAUGAGGAGACGCCCUUGCACACGGCUGCCCACUUCGGCCUCCCCGAGCUGGUGGCUUUCUACGUGGAGCACGGGGCCAUCGUGGACAGCGUGAAUGCCCACAUGGAGACCCCUCUGGCCAUCGCAACCUACUGGGCCCUCCGCUUCAAAGAGCAGGAGUACAGCCGGGAUCACCACCUCAUCUGCCGCAUGCUGCUGGACUACAAGGCGGAGGUCAACGCCCGGGAUGACGACUUCAAGUCUCCGCUCCACAAGGCAGCCUGGAACUGCGACCACGUCCUCAUGCACAUGAUGCUGGAAGCCGGCGCGGAAGCCAAUCUCAUGGACAUCAACGGCUGCGCCGCCAUCCAGUACGUGCUGAAGGUCACCUCUGUGCGGCCCUCCGCCCAGCCCGAGAUCUGCUACCAGCUGCUGUUGAACCACGGGGCUGCUCGGAUAUACCCUCCGCAGUUCCACAAGGUGAUACAAGCCUGCCAUUCAUAUCCCAAAGCAAUUGAAGUUGUUGUUAACGCCUAUGAGCACAUCAAGUGGAACGUGAAGUGGAAAAGAGCCAUCCCUGAAGAUGACUUGGAGAGGUACUGGGAUUUUUACCACUCUCUCUUCACUGUGUGCAGUAACUCUCCGAGGACUCUCAUGCAUUUAUCAAGAUGCGCCAUUCGAAGAACGUUACACAGCAGAUGUCACAGAGUAAUUCCUUUGCUUUCCCUCCCAUUGUCAUUGAAAAAGUACUUGCUUUUAGAGCCGGAGGGAAUCAUUUAUUAAGCCUUAUGAGGCAGAAGUUCCCAAUCCUAGAUCUUUAAGUGGACUCGCUGGGUAGACACAGUUUGCAUAAAUAAAAUGGUACUUGGGUUGAUUAUAACACUUCAGGGAUGUAGAAACACUUUGCAAACACUGUGUCAUUAAUCCUAGGGUACCAUGGUGAGGGGAAAUAAACAAGAGGUAAAGUGAAGGUAUUCUCAAAAAUAAGAGCAUAUUCAGAAGGUACUAACAUAACAAUAAUAAUGUUAUAUUUACUUCGUACCUGUUGUCAUUUUGUAAAAAUUUUCGUAUAUUAUCUCAUUUGAGAGGGGACCCAGGUUUUCUUACAACCAAUCUCAUUUUCUCUCCCUUAUCAGUGAUAAGUUUACAUUACCCUUCAGUUGCCAACAUGCAAGGCUUUGUGAUAGGCCUGUUAAUCUUUGUGUCCUCCACCCUCUCCCACAUAGCAGAAAUUACUGUUGCUUGUUUUGCCAACCCCUUUCCCCAUACCGAGCUCCUCCACUUACUUUCAGAGAAGAAAGCGUGAGCAUAGUCAAAACAAGGGGGUCUUAGAAGCAAAUGAGAAGUGAAAAACAGAGACCUAUCCACUUGAAAGUCAAAAUAAACAUGUUAACGCACUCUCGCUGAGCCAAAGACCGGAGAUGCAACGGUGAAUCCCAAGCAAGGACUCCAGCCCUCCAGGACGUCAUCAUUUAGCAGAGGAUCCAGACAUUUAAGCAGGGAACUGCCACUCAGGGGCAAGAGCACAGAUGCAGGUUCAUUCUCAGUGCUUGCCUUUCAAAGUCAUGUUUCUGAAAUGAAGUGUGGUUUUCUUUGAAGCCUGUUGAUCAAGAGAAGGGAUAGUGUGAAGUAGAGGGGAUCUCUAGCUGCUGUGAGUGUGAAUGUAAAAGGCCUCACUUCAGUUUCCUGGCACAUCUAGAUAUUUUUAUUUUAGUAUCAUUUGCUGCAUUGUACUGUCCCACGUUCCCUGGGGAAAAUAUUGCACACUUGAUGGCCCCCAUGUAUGUGACAAAGAAGUUUUAGAAAAUGUGUGCAAGGAAAUGUAUGAAAGGACUUAGGUUGGUUACCUCAGUCUUUUCAUGUAGGAGACUGGCAUUUCAGAGCAUUUUAACUAGAAGAUAAGGAGAAUUUUGCUGGUGAUGGCUGGGUGCAGAAAGCACGUAGAAACAUUUUGAAAAUAGUAGAAGUUUGAGAAACUUGGAAAGGCUAGUGUGUUAAUCAGGUUUGUUAACAGUUUGCAGAAAGAGAAAUGUAGAUGGUUAACCUUUGGACUUCAUGGUUUAUGAGGCCACUUUUCACUUCACAUAUUUGUUCUUGCUAGUCACUUUUAGAUAUGCUCAGUGACUUUCAGCAUUACGUUUUAGAGCUUAGAGCAGAAGUAAUUAAGCACAAAUAAAUCUACUUGCCAGUUGUGAGCAGGAUUCUUUCCCCAGGGAUAGGGUGUAUGUACAUGUGUGUGUUUCUCCAUCUUGUUGAAGUUUACAGGCUUGAGUGUUGAGUGGAGAUGAAGUCAAAUAUUCCACUAGCCUGCCAUCUAGACUGUGCUUCGCAUCUUGGGAUUUGCAUCCUCCUGGUGCUGUGUGGGAAAAAUAAUGUAGAUGCAAUAAUCUUUCUAAAGUAUCAGUUCCACUCAGAUAUUUUGGGAGGAAUAUUCUGUACAAAAAUGAGAUCUGUAUUAUGGAAUAGAAUACUGUAUAUGUGUGAACUAGUCAUAUAAAACAUGGCCCUUAAAAAAACAAACAGUUUACUUGCAGCAAGUGGUAUAGAACACAUUCUAGAAUAGCCAGGUGGAGGUGUUGCCCCCCGCUGCCCCCAGUUUCAGGAGUAUUCUGGAGAAAUAUUUGUGAUGCUGACUUGGGCGAUAAUGCUGAGGCUGAGGAUGAAAGGAGAGAGGAUGUUCCUUGCAUGGGGAAAUAACGUUUCUCAGGCUCCCUGCUGUGCUUAGACGGUCUGUGUUAAUCUAGUAUAUAAUACAGAACAACUUGUUUUGGAUGGUUUAUUUGUAGAUUUAAAGUUGUUUCUCCUCAUCUCUGAACCUUCAUUUAGAGGACUUAAAUAAAGCUCUUCUCUUUCCUUUCA